AACUCUCCUUAUACAGGUGAACCUUGGCCUCCUGCUGUUUCUUUCACUGCUGUAGGACUGAUGGCGACCUCUGACUGAGGGUCAGCUAAGAUGUGAUGCUGCCCCCUUCGGGUUGGGAGACCGGGCUGUGUGUUGACCCCGCCCCCUCCAGGACCUAGAACAACUCUUUACUCGUGUCAAACUUCAUGUUUCCUGUUUUUGUGCACCAGAGUUUAAAACCCUGAAGAGUUUCUCCAGAAACCGCUUCAGCCGCUCUCUGUCCACCGUGAAUAGUUACCCCUGGCAACCACAGCCUGGGGGGCGGCGCCCAUCAUGGACAGUCAAUAGGAGACGAGCCUGAGGAGGAGUUCAGUGGGAUGGGAGACAUCUCUGUUACGUCAGCCCCAUCCACCUCCAUCAAAGUGACGCACAGGUGCUCUAUCUUAUCCAACGCCAGCGUGAGGUGCGACACCGGAGUUUACCGCUCGCUGCAGGCCUGGAAGGACCACAAGCUGCACAUUGACCACGAGAUUGAGACUCUACAGACAAAGAUAAAGAACCUGAAAGAAGUCAGAGGUCAUCUAAAGGAGUCCCGCCCCCUGGAGUGUGACUGCAACAAGUUUCUGUACAAAGCCAAGCUGAGGAAGAAGCUCAAGUUCAGAGGAGGAGGAGGAGGAGGAGGCCUUCAUCCCUUCAGGAAAGGCGGGGCUCAGGCGAAGAAGGCGUGGCUUCAGAAGGAGCAAAAGAGGAGGAAGAAGAUGAGGAAGAUGAUCAAGAGGAUCAAAAAUAACGACACAUGUUCGAUGCCAGGACUCACCUGCUUCACACACGACAACCAGCACUGGCACACUCCGCCCUUCUGGACCCUGGGCUCGUUCUGCGCCUGCACCAGUGCCAACAACAACACAUACUGGUGUCUGAGGACGAUCAACGAGACCCACAACUUCUUGUUCUGUGAGUUUGCCACUGGCUUCCUGGAGUACUUCGACCUCAGCACUGACCCAUAUCAGCUGAUAAACGCCGUCAGCUCUUUGGAUCGGACAGUUCUAAACCAGCUCCACGUCCAGCUGAUGGAGCUCAGAGGCUGCAGGGGACACAAGCAGUGCAAUCCUCGCACGCGCUCAGUGGAGCUAGGAGGGCGGGGACAUGGCAUCUUCGAUGACUACAGGCUGUUUGAGAGAAGGAAGUGGCCAAAAGUCAAGAAACCAUCAUCGUCUCGAAGCCUAGGUCCGAUCUGGGAUGGAUGGAAAGGCUAGGUCUCCAGUUGGAUGGGACUGGCUCCAGACUCCGCCCACAGCAGCCUGAAGGACCAGGGCGAUGGAGCCGAUUGACAAACCACUCUGCCACCUAAUUCACCGCCCAAUCAGCUUCAUCGAUCCCUGUGACAUCACUUAUCUUGCUGCUUGGGGAAACGCUCAACACACCUCUUCAUCACCUGCUCCUCUUCCUCUCCCUGCUGCUGCUCAGAGUAGGGAGGUUCCAGGGGGAGGAGCCAGAGGAGGAGGAGUUUGUAAGAUUCUUAAUAAGCAGCUUUGUCCCUGAGUUUUGUCUCGCAGGUUGUUUGUGGCUCCAGAAAGAAGAGCCAGGUUCAGAGUUCAUAACUCUGGUUGCUUUCUUACAUUUCUGGAGUUUUUUGCAUCGUUUUCUUGUUUUUGUGUGAAAUCAUUUAAACAUGUUGUGAUGAAGCAGUUUUAAACUAAAAACUGUCUCAACGAGUUUCUGUCAACACAACAAACAGCUGAUUAUUCUGUAAAUAUGACACCACUUUCUGUAAAAGCAGAAAAGAUUUUAAUGGUUUGUAUAAAAGUUUUAUAGAGAAAAAUAAACAGCUGUGAAUUUUCACAUUUUUAAAGGAACUAAAACCUGAUCAGAUCUAAUCAGUGGGUUUUUAAACCCUUGUAGUUUGACCAGCAGGGGGCGCACCACCUGCAGAAGAAGGAGGUAGUUCUGGUUUGGGUUUAUGUUUGGGUCUCGAUCCUGAAGACCUCAGUAGUAUUUUUGUUUCCUGUGAACUCAGGAAGCUGCUUCAUCCUCCUCUUGCUCCUGCUGCUCCUCCUGAGGAGACCUCCACGCCUCCACCUGUGUGUGUAGAUGUAGUCUAACGGUCUGUAGAGACGUUAAAGAACUUAACUCUGUUACUAAACUCUGACUCCUGAGCAUCGCUCCUCAUCUGGACAUGUGAUGUUUGUCUUCUGGUUACCAUGGUGACCAGCGUCCUAGCCUGGUGACUGACUACAACACUCAUGAUGCAACACAACAUCCACAAAAAGACAGCGCAGAAGCUUCAGAGUAAAAGUCUAAUUUCCUAAUAUGCCAUUGGCCAAUCAGUUGAGGGCUUGAUGAUGUCAUCAGGACACUGGACCGUCCAGUCAGCUUCUUCCUGCUGCUCCUCGGCUUACAAAAAAGCCAAAUAUGAUUAUAAACAGGAAGUGACGAUCAGCGGAUGGAGGUCCAGAUGUUACACAGCUGUUUUGUCCUUCGUUUCCCACAAUGCUUUGUUUUAUUGUCCUGGAUGCUACGUCCUUGUUGUGAAGUCUAAAACCUCUUUUCAUUCUCAUCAGGGGCGUGUCCAGGGAGUGGCCUGGGGUGGCACAUUCCACCCUUGGAAUCUGAUUGGCCACCCCAGGUGCCACCACACUAAUUUACCUUUAAAUGGGCUUCUCAUUGUCCACAAGAGGCUUGGGGUAGAACAAAAAAAGCAUAACCAUUGGUGCCACCCAUGCACAAAAUUGUGCCUCACCUGGGCCACCCCAUUUUAAAAGAUCUGGACACGCCACUGAUUCUCAUAGGUCAUUAAUGAGAAAGUAAAACACUGUUUACAUCCGUUGUGUUUUUAUUUGGUCUCUGGUUUCCAUCGGAGGUUUAGUUACGAUAUCCUCAGAAUAAAGACAAAUAGAACCCGAGCGACAAGUGUCCUUUAUUUCUGAAAUGUAAAUCCUGUCGACUUCUGAAAGAAACGAGGAAGAGUUUACGUCCAUAAAUAUAAAGUUAAGUUUCACACCCGAAACAUUUUUAUUCCUUUGAUCACAUUUUGGGUUUUGUGUGAAGGUUCCCUGGCUGCCUAGCUUCGCUCUGAACUCUUUGCACGUUGGCCCCAAACUCACUUGGAUACGUUUUUCAUUUUUGUCCCUCAAAGUGAUUUUUUAUUCCCGGUCAGAGGCGGUUCUCCUGUUUCUCUCUGCGGUGCUAUUUGCUGUCUAACAACAAUCCUGGUUGUGUUUGAAUGUAUUUGUAAAUGUUUAGACGUGUUUUCAUUCAGCCCAGAUGGGGUUUAUGUUGGGAUGUAAAACCGAUCUAACGGUCACCUCUGACCUGUGGAUACACUGAUCCAGUUUAAUAUGUGAAUAAAAUGUUGGCUGCCAAAACAAA